UUCAUCUUUUUCUUAUUUUACACUUGGACGUGUCAAAACUCAGAAGAUCAAAAUAGUGGGUACGCAGAGAAUUCUCUUAGUUGCUCUUCUUCCAGCACUACUAGAGAGGACGAGGAGAUUCAGAGAUUUCUUUUGAUUGAACUUUGAAGAACAUAAGCAACAAGUGGAAAAUAAAAGUCUUAUCCUGCAAGCCAUGAAUAAUCAGAUUGAUGAUUCGAUCAAGAAUCAAGAAGCAGCACUUUUGCGAGUUAUAAAUGUAGCUAGAUUCUUUAAGGGAGAUGAUGUUCCAUGCCAGAUUGAAGAGGGCCUAUUCUUGGGUUCUGUGGGUGCUGCUACUAACAAGGAUGCACUUAAUAGCAAGAAUAUUACACACAUCUUAACUGUAGCUAAUUCAUUGCCUCCCUCUUUUCCAAAUGAUUUUGUAUAUGAAGUCAUUGGAGUCGCGGAUAGAAAUGACACCAAUUUAAGGCAGUACUUCGACAAGUGUUUCAAUUUUAUUGACGAAGCCAAGAGGCAGGGAGGUGGUGUUUUGGUCCAUUGCUUUGUUGGAAGGUCCCGAAGUGUGACUAUUGUUGUUGCUUAUUUGAUGAAAAGGCAUGGAAUGAGACUAUCUGAAGCUUUGGCACAUGUGAAGAGUAAAAGGCCUCAGGCUGGACCUAAUUCUGGUUUCAUCUCACAGCUUCAAGACUUUGAGAAAUCUCUUCAAGCUAGAGAUGGAGUAAAUUGGUCUGGCACAGUUAGCAGAUCAAGCAGUGAUGAUAUCUGUCGCCAAUUUGCAGUUCUUUCUCAUUAUACGUGGGAAAAAACUGUGCUGGUGUUGUGUAUAUAGAUUUAUUGCAUUGUGCCUGUGGACGACGCUGUAGAUGUCAAGAUGUCAAGAGGGUUACAGGGGGUUGUCUUUUUUGUUUCUUAUGUCAAAAGUUGUUGGGCUCGGCUUGACAGCCAUACUUAAUGCUAUUAGGGGUGUUGUUUUUUCUAUUUUUUAUUUCAAAUCUGGAAUGACAAUCAGACUCAAGGCUAUUAGGUUUGGCUUGGCCACCAAACCUAAUGAUGUUGAGUUCGGCAUAGUUGUGAGACUCAUUUUAAAUAAAUAAAUAAAUAAAAAUUAAUUA